UGACAACAAAUCGCCGCGCCAAAAGGCGAAAUUUGCGAAUUUGACAGCUGAGUCAACGGAAUUUUCAAACGAAUCUACGCAGCACAAGGUUUUUCAAAUUGUAACUAUGUUUGUGAUAAACCAGAUAUCCAUAAUCGGAGAGUGAAUUGAUAGAAAGAUGGAGAAAGAAACACAAAGCAUGGAUGCCAAGACUCAUCUGGUGAAGAUGAUGCAGGUUGCCGUGGAAACAGAAGAUUUCUAUCAACCAUACCUCGAGUACAUAGGUCAACAACAAGAGGACUCUGAUUGCAUUCUACCAUACAUGCAUGAUGUGAUACUUGAUCGGCUGCGAAGCUUGAGCCGGUUUUUCCAGCUUUGUCCAGAAACUUUCUUCCUAGCAGUCAAUACUAUGGACAGAUUCCUGUCCCUUGUCAAGGCCCGUCCUCAUCAUUUGAUGUGUAUUGCAAUAGCAAGCUACAACCUUGCAAUUAAAGCACUAGAACCAUCUGAGUCCUCAAUAUCAGCGGAGGACCUCGUUCGUAUCAGCCAAUGUGGGUGCUCUGUCAAUGAUGUCCUGCGCAUGGAGCGUAUUAUUCUUCAGAAGCUUCAGUAUGACCUUCAAGCGCCCACUGCUCACCGAUUCUUCAAGCUCUUCCAUGCAUACAGUGUUGUACAAGGCAUCCUGGGUAAAGAUACGGCCAUGCAGAAUACCCAGCUUGAGAUCAGCACACAGAAGCUGGAGGCCUGCUUGUGUUACUUCCCUUUAACUCUGUACAAGCCGUCAGUGCUGGCGCUGGCUGUCUUAACCCACGAGUUACCAAACGCAUCUUGCGAAGUGCACAAUCCUAAUGAUAUAAGAUGGAUGAGGAUUGUAUGGGAUAUACAAAGAGUUUCUCAGGUUAGUGAUACAGACCUGGUGAACUGCCGAUCUCAGGUCAGCGAAUGUCUCAGGAUGUACUCCUCCCCGGUCUCUCGCAUGCCUCACAGCCGUCUGACAUGGAUCGUCAGCACCAGGACAGCUAGGCAACUCAAGUUCAGUGCUCAGGUUUCUUCAGACCUAGCUCCGAUCCCAGAGAACAGGAUUCUCAACUGUUCGCUGUCUUCUGAUGGAGAUACAGAUGAGUCAUGUGAGGUGCUGAGCGAUGGUCCAGACAACCAGUCAUCUCCUACAGACGUUGAGGUGGCUAAUCAGUCUUCCCCCUCAAGAACUCUUGUCCUAAACACUCAUCAACUUGCCUCUCUUUCUACGGACAAUGAAAUAUGUGUGGAGAACAAGCUCUUCACAUAUGAAGACGAGUCUUUAGCACACUGUCCAACGAGAAUCCAUGGAGGUAGCUGACUAGAGGCUGACAAGGAAUCUUGAUUCCUUGACAAAAGUGUGACAUGGACACCUAGAUCCAGGGUUGUUGAUUGCUGGCCGAUCAAACCAACUCGGGAUGUAAUGUCUACGGCAGAACUAUGCUGAUCUGAAUCAGUUAUUAUGUAGAUUUGAGGGAAACUUGAUUCCCUGACAUUGAAUAGGACACCAAACUUCAGGUAAUGAUCGCUGGCAGAUCAUACCGAAUGUGAAUGCAUCAUCUCGUUCAGAACUAUGCUGGUCUUAGUUGCUGGAAGUAUGGUUAAUCACAACUAGUCUCCAAAGGACUAGUACUGACAUUGGGGUUAGACGUACCUUCUGCAAAACUCUGUCAACUUUUCUUGUUGGUUUUAUCACUGACAUAGAGUGACUGAUCUUCUAACUUAGGCCCAUGCCGUCCCAUGCUUGAUUGUAUUGUCUCUAAACGGACAAUAGAAGCCUAGUGUCCUGAGCAAAGAAUCGACCUUGAAUGUAAGCGAAGAUGGAGAUAAACAUUGACCUUGAUGAUGUUAAGACGAUACUAAGACUGUUACAUGUAUGUAUACACUCUGGGAUAUGAAGGAGCCAACUCCACAAUUAUAUGUAAAAUGUGUGUUUCAACAUUAAUGAUGUAUGUGAGUUCUUGUGUUUGAAACAUCGAUGGAACUUACGACUUGUGAUCAAUAGAUGUAUGUGCCGAGAAGGUUAUGUUACAAGAAUUGCAAGCCAAGAUAUGCCAUUGUUUGUAAUACAUUGGUGAUUUAUUGACAUCGCUACCAGAACUGCCUCAAAGGCACUAUUAAAAGAUAUGUUUCCAGCAUAUCUUCUAUGGGGAUAGUGUUGCCAGUGGAUAUUGAUGAUGAUGAUGACCGUGUUUAGGAGAAGUGCAUUUCUUCACGGCACAGUGGUACUUCCUAAAGCUUCAAUCCAAGAUAUGCUCUUUAAGAUGUGACUUGUAGGAUAUGUAGGGAGCACAGAGAGAAAAAUGACAAUUUGUUAUGUCAAACCAAAGUGCAAAUCCACUUCUGAUGUUGAAACCCUGUGAACUGUCAUUUGUUAUGUAAGUACAAGUAUGUGAUGCAGUGUCUUAGAGAUUAGAAGUAAUCAAGUAAGUACUAAGUAAUGUCAGUAGGAUAGAAAAUGAAAGGAGUCUUACAUGUAGGAUCUUUUGCAUAAUCAAAUAUACACCUUAUUGGUGUGCAAAAAAUAGUGUAACAGCUGACAAAAUAUCUGUAUUACCAUGAACAUAAAAUGAAAUAAACAUGUUUAAUGUCUUUAAACAAAGUGGGAUAUGACAAUGCUUGAAAAAAAAACAUAAAAGGGGAAA